AAAUGCAAGCUGCAUGUUAAUUUAAAUUUCACUGUGGAUUUAAUGCAAUGAAAUGUGAAUGUAAUGCAUUUUAUUGAAAUACGUUGAAUACAAUUGAGUUUGAUUGAGGUUUAGGUAAGAGAAGCUUGCCAACACAUCGUGUCCUGUUCCCCUUUUUACUGCGUGUCUGUCAGGGUGAGUAGUUUUACUUUUACUUUAGUUUUAUUGCGUACCACUUAACUUGUUUUUACACAUGAAAGAGCUAAAAAAACAAAAACAAAAAAAACGCUUCUCAAAAUUGUGCCAGUAGAGUUGAAUUCAGAUUGACUGAUGAUGAGGUUUGAAACAAACGCUUUUGUUUACCUGCUUAUCAGCCAUCGAUUGCUUAUUGGACAGCGAUCCCCACGUCCUCCCCGCCUGCCUGGGCUAUAUUUAUCCCCACCCAGGCCUUAAAAGGCUACGGCUGUCACUUGGACAUUCUGUCCGGGGGGCCUCAAAUUAUUUGGGUUGUGUGCACCGCACUCUUGUCCACCUACCUACAGUACCUACCUUCCUUGCUGAUAUCUGAUACAUUGUGGAAUUGUCCUUUUAAAGUUGAGAAAGUGACCUGUCUGGGGGGGUAAGUGGCAACUGUCCCGUGGACGCAAAAAGGUGAGUUUCCCGUUCCGAAACGCGCAGCAUGUGAGACGUUGCUUGAAUAAGACUGGACUGCCAAAUUAACAAUACAUGUUCGGCGUGGAGGAACAUGUUCUGAAAAAGCUCUCGAACGCUAACCCAGCAGGGGAAACAAAUCGGCAGGCACCGGCAAGCAUGUCUGGCUCGGUACCGUUCUACCGCAAACACCAGCGCGGCUACGACCGGGGAUACCGGUACCAGUCGGGGGGCAGGUACGCUGCGGGGCCCGGCGGCGGCGGCAGCACCAGAAGCAGGGGGCUUGAUUGGUCCUCACAGUCCGGACUGGACCCGCUGCCCAAGAGAACAAAGCCCUCCUACUUGGCCGUGGACCGUGAGAACCAAAUCAUCGGCUACGUGGUGCCCAUCUUCAGGAGCAGUCAAGAGUUUGCGGCGGGAUAUUCGGACAAGACGAGACUGCGGGACACUGCCGCCUACAUGGAGAGCCGCGAUAUGUUCACCAGCGGUCUGGAGAUGGAACGGUCAGAGCAGAUCUCCAGGAAGGAGGCCAUGCGCGAGACGGCCCAGCGUAUCUCCUUUAAUAAAACGAUCCACGAACAUGAGGAGCAUUUCAAGCGCAUGAACGAAGACAGCCUGAUGCACGUCCCGGAGUUCAUCAUCAAGCCUCGCUCGCACACCGUGUGGGAGAAGCAGUCCGUGAGGCUGCACUGUACCGUCAGCGGAUGGCCAGACCCCCGAGUCGUUUGGUACAAAAAUAAUGUGGCCAUUGACCCACUUGCCAAUGCUGGCAAGUACAAAAUCGAAAGCAAAUACAGUGUGCACUCACUGGAGAUCAACAGGUGCGAUUUUGAGGACACGGCCCAGUAUCGCGUCUCAGCCAUGAACGUCAAGGGGGAGGUGUCCGCCUUCGCCUCAGUCGUUGUAAAAAGGUUUAAAGGGGAAGUGGAUGAGUUCCUGCCUGCACCGAGACGGACCGGUGUGAAAGAUGGUCCCGUGUCCGAGUAUGGCAUUACCUUCCAGACCCACAUCGUUGACAAGUUUGGCGUGUCCUUCGGCAGGGAGGGUGAGACGAUGAGCUUGGGGUGCACGGUCAUCAUCUACCCGACCCUGCACCGCUACCAGCCCGAAGUGCAGUGGUACAGAGACGGCAUUCUCCUGUCCCCGUCCAAGUGGAACCACAUGCACUGGAGCGGCGACCGAGCCACACUGACCCUCACACACCUGAACAAAGAGGAUGAAGGGCUCUACACUCUUCGCGUCACCACCAAGUCCGGAUCCAAAACCUACUCUGCCUACGUCUUUGUGAGGGAUGCUGACGCCGAGGUGGAAGGAGCUCCAGGGGCCCCCCUGGAUGUGUGCUGCCUGGAUGCCAACAAGGACUACAUUAUAGUCUCCUGGAAGCAGCCGGCGGUCGACGGCGGGAACUCAAUCCUGGGUUACUUUGUAGACAGGUGUGAGGUAGGGACAACCCACUGGAUCCAGUGCAACGAUACUCCCAUCAAGUUUGCCCGAUUCCCAGUCACCGGAUUGGUCGAAGGUCGCUCCUAUACUUUCCGCGUACGUGCCGUCAACAAGAGCGGCAUGAGCCGUCCUUCCCGGGUGUCCGAACCCGUGGCCGCCAUGGACCCGGCUGACCGCGCCCGCAUGAGAGGUACCUCUGCUCCUUGGACUGGCCAGAUCAUCGUCACAGAGGAGGAACCUGCAGAGGGUAUUGUUCCUGGGAGACCUCAUGAACUGCAGGUGACAGAAGCAACCAGGAACUACUUGGUGCUCAGCUGGAAGCCACCUGGCGAGAAAGGCCUGGAAGGUGUCAUGUACUAUGUGGAGAAGUGUGUCUCAGGCACAGACAGCUGGCAAAGGGUGAACACGGAGAUUCCGGUUAAGUCGCCUCGUUUUGCACUGUUUGACCUGGCCGAGGGAAACUCCUACUGCUUCCGUGUCCGCUGCUGCAACGCCGCCGGCGUCGGCGAGCCAUCUGACCCCACUGAAGCCACCACGGUCCGCGACAAGCUCGACACUCCAUCUGCUCCGAGCAAAGUCGUCCCCACGAGGAACACGGACACGUCGGUGGUGGUAUCCUGGGAAGCAUCCCUUGACGCCAAAGAGUUGGUGGGCUACUACAUCGAGGCGAGCAUCGUGGGCAGCAAUGUCUGGGAGCCGUGCAACAACAAACCCGUCAACGUGACCAGGUUUAUCUGCCACGGCCUGAUGACGGGAGAGAAGUAUGUGUUCAGAGUGAGGGCCGUGAACGCCGCAGGACUCAGUCAGUUCUCUCCGGAAUCAGAGCCUGUGGAGGUGAAGGCUGCGAUCGGGGGCGGCAUCCCUCAUGCGUCGCCUGCGCCGCCAUUCGGCAUCAGCGUGCUGGAGUGCGUACGUGACUCCAUGGUGCUGGCGUGGAAGCAGCCCACCUUCAUCGGAGGCGCCGAUAUCAGCGGAUACUUUGUGGACUACCGCGAGGUCGUCGAUGGCGUGGCGGGAAAGUGGCACGAGGCCAACAUCAGAGCGGUCAGCGAGCGCGCCUACAGGGUGACCGACCUGAAGGAGAACAAGAAGUACCAGUUCCAGGUUCGGGCGGCCAACAUCGCGGGCGUCGGCAUCCCGUCGCUUCCUAGUGACACGUUCCUGUGCGAAGAGUGGACCAUCGCGGUCCCAGGACCUCCUCACGAUCUGCAGCUGCGAGAGGUGCGAGCCGACUCCAUGGUGUUGCUUUGGAGACCUCCGGUGUACCAAGGGCGCAAUCCCGUCAACGGCUUCUAUGUAGACAUGAAGGAAGCCGAAGCCCCAGAGGAAGCAUGGAGAGGACUCAACACCAAGGCCACCCAGAACACCUUCUUCAAGGUGAAGAACCUGAAGGAGGAAGAGACGUACGUAUUCCGCGUGCGAGCUCAGAAUCAAGCCGGCGUGGGGAAGACCUCAGAUAUCUCCGAGCCAGUCCAAGCUGCGACCAAGCCAGGCACCAAGGAGAUCGUGGUGGACGUGGACGACGACGGCGUCAUCUCUCUCAACUUCGAAUGCGCCGACAUGACCCCCGACUCCAAAUUCGUGUGGUCCAAGAACUACGAGGACAUGGACGACUCUUCACGCUUGACCGUGGAAACCAAAGGGAACAAAUCCAAAGUCAUGUUCAAGUCACCUGGAGAGGAAGACAUCGGUAUUUAUUCAUGUAUGGUCACCCACACUGAUGGUGCUUCGUCCAGCUACGCCAUCUCACCCGACGAGUUGAAGAGACUGCUGGAGAUCAGCCGUGAUCACAAGUUCCCCACUAUUCCCCUAAAGUCCAAUUUGGCCGUGGAGAUGUUAGAGAAGGGCAAAGUUCGCUUCUGGCUGCAGGCUGAGCAGAUUUCGGCUAACGCCAAAGUGGACUACGUGUUCAACGACAACGUGGUGGCUCAGGGCGAGAAAUACAAGAUGAACUUUGACAAGAACACGGGCGUGGUUGAGAUGAUCAUGGAGUCUCUGAUGCCGGAGGAUGAAGGCACCUUCACCUUCCAGAUGCAGGACGGAAAAGCCACCAACCAGUCCAGCUUGGUACUCAUAGGAGACGUAUUCAAGGAUCUGCAGAAGGAAUCUGAGUUCCAGAGGAAAGAAUGGUUCAGAAAACAAGGUCCUCACUUUAUUGAGUAUUUAGCUUACGAGGUCACUCCAGAAUGUUGUGUGGUGCUCAAGUGCAAGGUGGGAAACAUAAAGAAAGAGACGUCAGCGCUGUGGUACAAGGACGGACGGGAGAUCAAGGCGGACGAAAAUCUGGGCUUCACCGAGGGCGUCCUCAAACUGGAAAUUGCGCAGAUUUCCAAGAAGGACGCCGGCGUGUACGAGAUGGUCUUGAAGGACGACCGGGGAAAAGACACGUCCAAGUUAAAUCUGACUGACCAAUGUUUCAAAAACCUGAUGAACGAAGUCUUCAACUACAUCGCUAACUCGUCCACACCAUUGAAGAUCACUAGCACGGAUCAGGGCAUUCGCCUCUACACCUUCGUCAGCUACUACAACGACCUGCUGCCGGUCACGUGGCAUUACAAAGAUUCAGCCAUCGCCUUCUCGGACCGUCUGAAGAGCGGCGUGGUGGGCGAUCAGUUGUGGCUGCAGAUUAGCGAGCCCACUGAGAAGGACAUGGGCAAGUACGCCAUCGAGUUCAACAUCAACGACGGCAGGGGCGGCCUGAGGAGGACCGUGGAGCUGUCGGGUCAAGGCUAUGAGGACGCUUUGGCGGAAUUCAAGAGACUCAAAGCGGCCGCGAUUGCAGAAAAAAAUCGCGCUCGAGUGGCAGGUGGCCUUCCCGACGUGGUCACUAUCCAGGAGGGCAAGGCGCUCAACCUCACCUGCAACAUCUCGGGCGAUCCGCUGCCCCAGGUGACGUGGCUGAAGAACGACAGGGAGCUGACGUCGAACGAGCACUGCAUCCUCCGCUUCGAGUCGGGCAAGUUCGCCAGCUUCACCAUCACGGCGGUGAGCACGGCCGACACGGGCAAGUACAGCAUCCUGGUGAAGAACAAGCACGGCACGGAGAGCGCGGAAUUCACCCUGGAAGUGACCGAGGGAAUGCCCGACCUGGGCGUGACUUCGUACUGGACUGAUGCCGAGGGUAAUGUGGUGUUUGGUGCUAAUACUCCGAAGGACAAGAUGAAAACGGCCGUCACCGGGAUGAGAAAAGAAUCUGUAGCUGCAGUGGACAAGAUGGACGACUUGACGGAGAAGCCAGAAGAAAAAGAAGAAGUCACAGUUGAAAAAGAUGUUGGUGACCAAAUAGAUAUAGAUGGAACUUAAGGACAAAACAAAGCUCAAAAAUAAAAAAACAGUGGUGCCUUGAGAUACAAGUGACCCGACUUGCGAGAUUUUCAAGAUAUAAGCCAUCGUUCGCCCAAUAUUUUUUCUUUGACUGACGCAAAAAUGUAAGAUACAAAUGCUAUGCUGACAUUUAGCUCAACUCACAACAAGCAACAGUUUGAAAGCUAGUGAGCAAUUCUUUAAAAAGAGGCUUCAAGCUGUUUAAUUCCACUCCCAGUUGAAAUUUAAUGCCAAACUAAACAUAAAACAGAGAAUUACACUUUGUAUAAUUAGAAUUACCAAACAACUUAGCCAAAGAAUGCCCCGACUAGCUUAAUGCUAACACAAAAUGGAAAAACCCAUAGAUGAGCUAACAGGUAGCAUCGAUAGUCGCUGUGUUAUUACCCUUUAAGUAAUGAAUAUUUGAUCACAAACAGUGCAUCAACACAUGUAGAAAGACAAUAUAACAGUAAUCACAGGAAUAUGUUCUUUAUCUUCUGCAAAGAAACGAUUGCUAUUACCGUAGCUUGUGGCAUCAUUGACAGUACUAAUGAAAACUCUUCAUUUGUUUCUGCAUGGGUGUAUUAUACUGCCACUUAAUCACGUAAAAUUGGCCAAGUUGCGCAUACCAGAAGGAGUUGCAAUGAAUUUAUCAUGAUGCCCAAAGGUUUUAAUUCUUUAGAUUCUGUUUGAUUAUGGUACUGCUAUAUAUUUUUAUUGAAAAAAAUUAUAGCGUGCCAUAUUCCGUAUUAAAAACACAUUACAACAUUUUUUUUUCUUUUUUGGAGCUGCUGGGACGACUUAAUAGAAUUCCCAUUAAUUUCAAAGCGGAAAGGUGAUUUGUGUUUUGAGUUACAAGCAAGGUCACGGAACGAUUUACACUCGCAUCUCAAGCCACUACUGUAUAAGGUCUUUUAUCUGGAGGUAUAUGUUAUUAUAUAUUCCAAUAUUAAAAAAAACAUGUAGUUUCACAUAGCUUUUUCACUUUUUCAAAAAGUUUUUUUCUGAUUGUUUCUGUGCACCGUGUUUCUGUUUUUCACCACUCCAAUAAAAGACAUUCAACAUGAAA